AUGUCGAACGUUGACUCUACUUGGACAUACUACCACUAUGAUCCCUCACUGCCUGCGGCCUUAAUCUUCACUGUUCUGUUUGGUAUGAGCUCGCUGGUCCACACAUUCCAAAUGCUGCGUGCCGGAAUUAUGGUCACUGGAGCGAACGGGAUGUCAGUGGGUGAAGAUGUCGUGACCGCAGGCCUAUUCAUACAGAUCGCCUUCUUCGGUCUGUUCAUUGCCACCGCUACCAUGUUCCUCUGGCGCAUGCAACGCAACCGGUCCGCUGCUCGGCUCACAAUGCCAGGACUUCCAUGGCGGAAGCAUUUGCUAGUGCUGUACGCCGCCAGCCUCCUCAUCAUGACGCGAUCGGUCUUCCGCGUGGCCGAAUACAUUCAGGGGAAUGACGGCUACUUGCUGCGCCACGAGGUCUUUCUCUACGUCUUCGACGCACUCCUCAUGUUCGUGCAGACGGCACUCCUCUUCUUAAGCCACCCGAGCGAACUGUUGUCCGCAGGAAAGGUGGCCAUCUUACCGGAUGGUCGGUCGAACAAUGUCCGCUUGCGGCCAGUAACGGUGUGA